CAAAGACCCUGAAUGCUCGCUCUUUAGCGUAAUACGUGUUUUUAUUCUACAGGACACAAUUUGAAAGCCACAAACAUAGACUUUUUCAGAACAAUGAAGCUCAAAAGUUUCUUCAAAAACAUCCCAACACAUAUGGACUAUGAAGGACAAAAACUAGCAGAGCGACUAUUUCAUAUCAUUAUCCUGUUUUUUGGUGCUGUAGGCUUUGCCUGGGGGUAUUACAUACAACAGUUUGGUGCAACUAUAAUUAUUCUAGCAGCAGGAUUCAUUGUCAGCUGUGUGCUGGUGUUACCUCCAUGGCCUAUGUACAGAAAAAAUCCUCUGGAUUGGCAGAAGCCACGCCCAGAGAAAGCUGACACCAAGAAAGAAGGAGGAAAAAAGAAGCAAAAGUGAAUUCUAGAUUACAUCCUGGUAGAACUAGCUUUGUAAUAAAGUAUUAAAAUGUGGUUCCAAGUGA